AUGUUCAACACAAUUUCAUUUGUGUUAGCAGUUGUCAACUGGAGUAGGGCCAAUGAAACUUCAGCAGUAAGCUGUGAGGUCCCUAUGACAAAAGAGCUGCUGACUUAUCUCUCUGAGACACAAGGGUUCCAUGUUGCAGAGGUGGCAUAUGACUUUGUAUUACAGCUAAAAACAUGGAUCUUGUCAAAAGGAAUGCUUAAUUCCUUUGACUCUUGGCAUGGUGCAAAGUCUGUGACUAAAGCAAUGAAGGAAGUUGCCUCAGGGGCCCAGAGGGAUGAGGGCUCAAAGUGGUUUUUUGAAUUGUUAGACAAAGUGAAAAGUACAAGGACUCUUGUAUACUUCUGCAUGAAGAACAGUCCACCCAAUGAAGAAGAAUUUCAGGGUACACUGUUGAAUGUAGUUGACCAUUACCAGGGAAAUCAUGUCAGAUGCCAUGCGGAGUCACGGUGCAAGCAGAAUGGCUAUGUGAUGAGCAAAAAACUUUUAACUAAACCUGAAGUAGUAGCUGCAUGCAGGGAAGCCAUUAUGGGCACUUCAAUUUAUAGGCAUGCAUCGGACUACAUGCGGUGCAGGGAAACAUAUUGGAUUGAGUCUCUCCAUUCAGUGAUGCUCAUUUAUGCUGCAAAGCGGAUUCAUUAUGGGGAUGACACAUACAACAUGUGCAUGGAGUUAGCCAUUCUUGAUUGGAAUGAAAAUGUGAAUCGAGAAGCAUCGUCUCUACAGAUGUACCAACAUACCAGGCAUCCAAACCGCUUGGCAGAGACCAGGGUGCUUACUUCAAAGACAUUUAAUUUCAGAGAAACUAUCUGGUCUACCUUUUUUAAUAUAAACAAAUGAUGUCUCUUCUGUUUUCCAUUGCACCACAGUUUCUGUGAUAAUUACAACUAGGAGCCCAAAUGUUCAGUAUUAAUAUGUGAGGUCAUUAGGGAGGACCAAUUCUAACAACUGCUGGUACCAAGCAAUGAAAACAUGAAUAUUAGGUUUGACACAAGGUAUUUCCAAGCAGACUCAUUCUCUGUUUCCUCCUGUUACUUUUCUUGGCACUGUAUAUCUUUUC